CGCUUGGCAUGCAGGGACCCCCCUUGGGUCGCCACGAGGUAGGGCUGAUCCAGCCAAUCCCCUCUUGACUGGACCCUUACGACCCUAAUGGAUCCCCCCUCUUCGAGUCUCCUCACCCCCGAAGUCCGAACUUCCUUGCCUCCCACCUCCAUCUUACGACUCCUCUUUCAACAUCCGAUUCCUCGACCGGCAGCACCUUGUUGGUCACGCACAUUCCUGUCCCUGGUCUCUGGACUCUCUCUCUCUCUUUUUUCAGCAAACCUGCUUCGGUCAUUCAGAUUCCCAUUCAUACCUAUCAAAUGGCACCGCCAUAGAAAAGGAAAGGACACGGACAUAAUAAAAGGGGACUUGGCUGCCGCUGGAUACGGUCAGUCGUUCGUUCGUUGCACGUUUCGGCCGACUUCGGCAACCUAAAGCAACCAUGAGUUUCACGUCCACCAUGUCCAACAAUAAAACCCAUUUUCUCCGCCUUCCCGGCGAGAUACGCAACCAGAUCUACGAGUCCCUCCUGGUCUUUUCUGAGCCCAUCGUCGUCCACGCCGAAGAGUGGCACGAAGAGCACGACGGCAACAACAAGUCUACUAAGGGUGAUGGCGUGGUUAGGGUGCACCUCGACAACGCCUCGGAGCGAAAGCGCUGGCCGCUCUCCUCCCGCUUGCUCACCGUCUUUCUCAUCUGCAAGCAAAUCCACCUAGAGGCCACCGCCGUCUUCUACUCGCACAACCAGUUCCGCGCCCCGCCUUCCCUGUGUCGGUUCCCGGACGCCCAGCUCCAGUCCAACUAUGUCAUGCGCGGCUUCAUCGACAGGAUCGGGCCGCGCAACUUAGCCUGUCUCCGCCACCUGUGCAUCCCGUUCCCGCUCGACUCGGGGGGCCAGCGAUAUCUGGACUGGCCGCGUCGGUCCUUCGACGGCCCCCUGGGACUCUCUCCGGCCAAGCUCGACACUUUGGUCCUUCGCGCCAACGUGGUGCCCGGUGCACUGCCGAGUCUGUGGCGAAGGUGUCCGAAUAUCGAGGUCAUCGAGUUCGAUCUCAGUUGGUCCGGCCCGGGGCAUUCCUUUUGGAAGGGGGUCCGGCCAUAUGAUAGGGAGAUCUUGCUCGGCAGCAUGGAUGCAGCGUUUCGGGAGGAGUUCAAGCGCCUCAGGGGUAUUGUCGUGAACAUCCACUACGACGGGCCGAUCCGGGAGAUCAGCAAGUCGUGCGAGGUGUUGAUGGAGGAGAUGCGCGGCUACGGAUGGAAGGUCGAGGUGCGCGAUUGCAGCGGCGAGAAGGAUCAGUGGCUGAGGAUCCCGUAUUGGCAUCGGCCGUCGCCGUCGCACGGCUUUCGAUGGGACGGAUGGAUGACCGACUACAGUGCUGCGUUUGCUGGCGGCAGUGGCACGCAGGGCGACGACGACGACGGCGACGGCGCUGAGCACCAUGUGAAGCCUACGGCUGAGCGGAAGCGGCAGUUUGCGAAGGAUGUCGGACGAAAGAUUGUGCGGUCUCGGGCGUUCGGGUGGAGCGUGGUCGUGAUCUUUUCGCCUACUAUUCCGGUGUUCAUGGCUAUCGAUAGCAUCAACAAGAGGAGGAGGAAGCGGAAGAACGAGAAGCUUAGUCCGGGACCAUCGACUGCUAGUCUCUCCCACCGAGGUUCGCUUCGCGACCGAGGCACGGCAGUUGGAGACGUGACAAGUGGAAUGACGAGUAGCAUCCGAUGAUGCUGGUUGGGGGAAUGGGAUGGAGGAGUGACGGGAUGACUGGCGCAUAGGUGUUGGCCUGUGAUCCGAUACUUGCAGGAGGAGGAGUAUGACGGUGUGCUGGCCACGCCGGCAGUAACAUCCGAUGCAUUUACCUAGAGCUCCUAGACGUACAGUCCAAUAGAGGUACUAGUUUGUUUGUUAGCUCGAGACCUCAUGUCUACUUCCCUAGGCGUUUUCAUAUCUAUUGAUGCGUUUCGUUCCAUGAUCAACGCCUGAUCCAUCUUGAAUAUGUCAAAUGCGAUGCUGAAUAGGUAUGUGACGUUAAAUUAUAUCAAUAUAUUUUCG